AUGGCCUUCAAACCAGCACUCGUCAUUGUCGACGUGCAGGAAGACUUCUGCCCACCAAACGGGGCACUGGCAGUGACAGGUGGACGCGACAUCGUACCCACAAUCAACGAGUUCCUUACGUAUCCGUUUGUUCUCAAAGUCGCGACCAAAGACUUCCAUCCCCAAGAUCACAUCUCGUUCGCAUCGAAUCACUCCGCGCCGAACAACAAACCCUUCGAAUCGACGUUCGUCAUCAAAAACCCAGAGAACCCAGACGAGACGCAAGAAACACGACUAUGGCCCGACCAUUGUGUGCAGGGGACAAAAGGCUCUGAGCUGCUGCCCGAGCUCCACGUCAGUAAAGUGGACCAUGUAGUCGAGAAGGGCCAGGACAAGCGCGUGGAGAUGUACUCUGCAUUUGCGGAUCCGUUCAAGAGUCAUGUGGCUAAGAGCAAUCUCGCAGACACACUGCGCAAAGCUGGAAUCACCGACGUCUACGUAGUAGGCCUUGCAGCCGACUACUGCGUGAAGUUCACUGCGAUUGAUGCACAGAAGGAGGGCUUCAAAACGUGGGUGGUGGGCGACGCGACGAAGGCGGUGGAUCCGUCAGCGAUGGAACAGGUUCACAAGGAAUACGAGAAGACCGGAGUCACGGUCAUAGGUAAGGACGACGCGCAAAUGCGGAAGGUCAAGGAGCAAGCGCAGCGGACGCAGGACCAGGACGCGAAAGACGCAGGGAAGGCUGGCGAGAGCGUGUUGGACUAG